AUGUCAGAAUCUAACACAACCAAGGUCAUCAACCCUUCCACAUUCAUCCUGCAGGGCAUUCCCGGACUGGAGACAGCUCAUGUUUGGAUCUCCAUUCCCUUCUGCACCAUGUACAUUAUAGCCCUCUUGGGGAACUUCACCAUCCUGUACACCGUGAAGAUGGACAUGAGCCUCCGGGGGCCUAUGUAUAAUUUCCUCUGCAUGCUGGCCAUGACUGAUCUUGGUUUGUCCACAUCCAUUGUGCCCAAAGCACUGAGCAUCUUCUGGUUCAAUUCAAGGGAGAUCGAUUUCAGUGCCUGCCUUGUGCAGCUGUACUUCAUUCACUGCUUCAUAAUAAUAGAGUCUGGGAUCCUCGUGGCCAUGGCUUUGGAUCGCUAUGUGGCCAUCUUCCAUCCCCUGCCACAUUCCACCAUCUUGACAAGUGCCACGGUGACCAAACUUGACCUGGCCGUGGUGCUGCGCGGACGAUUUGAAGAGGAGAAGCCUCACCCUGUCCAAGCUCUUAUUACCAUCAUGUACUACGUGAUGCCCCACUCGCUAAACACCCAUAAUCAAUGGUGUGAUGACUAA